AUGGUAACGGUGGGCCGAGUGUCAAUCAAAGACAAUCAUAAAAACCAGAGAUUCACUGUGACCAUGGUGAACCUCAGGAAAGAUGAUGAAGAUAUUUAUUGGUGUGGAAUUGAGAGAUAUGGACUUGACCUUGGGGUCAAGGUUAAUGUGUCAGUUGGCCCAGUCUCUGAAACCAAGAGGUGCAAUGAAAUAAGCAAGAGAAUGAUUUUGGAAGCUGGAAAUAGUACAAUGGAAAUUGACUGCAGUGGUGUUUUUAAGGAAACCACAAAGGAUCAGAGUGCUGUUGCAUUGAUAGUCUAUCAAAACCUUGAAGAUGUUAUCAAUGGAAGCUUUUUUAAUGGCAGAAAAAGAUUUAAGGAAGUAAAACUGAAUUCUCAUGUUGUGAGUGGCACCAUUGGUUCGAAGAACAAAACUUACCUAACUAAACCUAUAUCCUUGACCUUGAAACAUAUUCAGCCUCCUGAACCAAGAGCAAAAUAUUUAUGUGUUUCCUGGGAAGAAUCAGAGGAGGGGAGCAGCUGGUCUACAAAGGGCUGCUCUUAUCUGGACAGCAACAACCUUUACACCAAAUGCCAGUGCUUUCAUCUGUCCAGCUUUGCUGUCCUCAUGGCUCUAACACCCCAGGCAGAUCCAACACUGACCAUUAUCACCCAUGUGGGGCUGAGCCUCUCCCUGCUGUGCCUCCUCCUGGCGGCCCUCACCUUCCUGCUGUGCCGGCCCAUCCAGAACACCAGCACCUCGCUGCACCUGCAGCUCUCCAUCUGCCUCUUCCUGGCCCACCUGCUCUUCCUCGUGGGGAUUGACAAAACUGAGAACAAGGUGCUGUGCUCCAUCAUCGCAGGUGUGCUGCACUACCUCUACCUGGCCUCCUUCACCUGGAUGUUCCUGGAAGGGCUGCACCUGUUCCUCACCAUCAGGAACCUCAAGGUGGCCAAUUACACCAGCGCAGCGAGAUUCAAGAAGAGGUUCAUGUUCCCUUUUGGCUACGGGAUCCCAGCAGUCAUUGUGGCUGUGUCUGCAGGCGUUGGACACAAAAAUUAUGGAACAUAUAAUCAUUGUUGGCUGAACCUUGGCAAAGGCUUUAUCUGGAGCUUCAUGGGGCCAGUGGCCGUCAUUAUCCUGAUAAACUUGGUCUUCUAUUUCUCAAUUUUGUGGAUUUUGAAAAACAAACUUGCUUCCCUAAAUAAAGACGUUUCUACCAUUCAGGAUACCAGGGUCAUGACGUUUAAAGCAAUUGCUCAGCUGUUCAUCCUGGGCUGUUCGUGGGGCCUUGGUUAUUUUAUGGUUGAAGCAGCAGGGAGAACAGCUGGAUUAGUCAUGGCCUACCUAUUCACCAUCAUCAACGUUCUGCAGGGGGUUGUGCUUUUUGUGGUACACUGUCUCCUUAAUCGCCAGGUGAGAAUGGAAUACAAGAAAUGGAUGAAUGGAAUUCAGAAAGAUGCUGAAAUUGAAAGCACUGAGCUCUUUCAGUCUACUACCCACACCAAAAUGGAGGAACAGGCUGGCACAGGACAUGAAAGCUACACCAAACACACCCCAUCUGGCCAACUCCGUCUGCCAAGUCCUUCUGUUUCUUCUCGGUAA